CGCGGGGCGGGCCUGCGCCGGGGGAGGCCCGCGGGAGGCGGGACAGCGCGGGCAUGCCUCGGCCCCCCUCAGCCCUAAGCCGAGCAUCUCCUUGGAAUAUCUGAAGUACAUAUGGCUAUGUAUGAUGAAGAUAUCUUGAAAAAUCCCUUUUAUUUGGCCAUUCAGAAGCGACGUCCUGAUCUAUGCAGCAAAGUUGCAGAACUCCAUGGUAUUGUGCUAGUUCCAUGCAAAGGAAGCCUUUCAAGCAACAGUCUUUCUACCUGCCAGUUUGAAUCUUAUGUGCUGAAGCCUCUGGAAGAAAAUUUUCAAACCUUAAAUGGAAAGGAGAUCUUCAUUCAAGGCAACCUCAUCAUUCUAGGAGCUGGUUUUAAUUACACUCUCUCAGUACCUGUUCUCUUUGAGGAAACCUUUUACAAUGAAAAAGAAGAAAGCUUUAGUAUAUUGUGCAUAGCUCAUCCACUGGAAAAAACAGAAAGCUCAAGUGAAUCUACUGCUUCAUCAAACUCCUAUUCUCUUAAGAACAUUGAAGAUGUUAGAGAGUUCUUGGGAAGGCACUGUGAGAGAUUUGAUAAAUACAUAGCAUCUUUCUAUAGAACAUUUAAAGAGCACGAGAGGAAAAGCCUGCGCCACUACAUAGAUUCUGUCAAUGCACUUUAUACCAAAUGUCUGCAGCAUCUUUUGAGAGAUUCGCACUUGAAGAUGCUUGCAAAGCAAGAAGAGCAGAUGAAUCUGAUCAAACAAGCAGUUGAAAUGUAUAUCCAUCAUGCUAUUUACGACCUAAUCUUCAAAUAUGUAGGAACCAUUGAGGCAAGUGAGGAUGCUGAUUUUAAUAAAAUCACGAGGAGCCUUCAAGACCUGCAGCAAAAAGACAUUGGAGUGAAGCCUGAGUUCAGUUUUAAUAUACCACGUGCAAAGCGGGAGCUGGGCCAGUUGAACAAAUGCACUUCCCCUCAACAGAAGCUGCUUUGUCUGCGUAAAGUUGUGCAAAUUAUUAUGCAGUCUCCAAGCCAAAGAGUUAACAUGGAAACCAUGUGUGCAGAUGAUCUUCUCUCUGUUUUGCUGUAUUUGCUUGUAAAAACAGAAAUCCCAAACUGGAUGGCCAACCUGAGUUACAUCAAGAACUUCAGGCUGUGCAGCUCAGUGAAGGAUGAGCUGGGGUACUGCCUGACCUCCAUCGAGGCUGCCAUCGAGUACAUCCGCCAGGGCAACCUCUCGGACAGACCCACAGAAUCUGAGAGUCUGUGUGACAAGCUGCUCUUAAGACAAAGGAUGAACUUGUUGUCCCAGAUGUCUGCUGCACCAAUAGACUGCUUAUUUAAGCACAUUGCUUCAGGUGAUCAGGAGGAGGUGGAGCGGCUGCUCAGUCAAGGUGACAGUGAUAAGGACACUGUACAGAAAAUGUGUCACCCGCUGUGUUACUGUGACAAAUGCGAGAAGCUGGUUUCUGGGAAACUGAACGACCCUUCCAUUAUCACCCCCUUUUCCCGAGAUGACCGGGGGUACACUCCACUUCAUAUAGCUGCUAUUUGUGGUCAGACUUCCUUAGUGGAUUUACUGGUAGCCAAAGGAGCCAUUGUCAAUGCCACAGAUUACCACGGUUCAACUCCCCUUCACCUCGCCUGUCAGAAGGGAUAUCAGAAUGUUACACUGCUCUUAUUGCACUACAAGGCAAGUACUGAUGUUCAGGACAAUAAUGGAAAUACUCCACUUCAUUUAGCCUGCACUUACGGUCAUGAGGAUUGUGUCAAGGCUUUGGUGUACUAUGAUGUGCACUCCUGCAGGCUGGAUAUUGGCAAUGAGAAGGGAGACACUCCUCUGCACAUUGCUGCUCGCUGGGGCUACCAGGGCAUCAUUGAGGUGCUCCUGCAAAAUGGGGCAAACCCAGAAAUUCAGAACAGGAUGAAAGAGACUUGCCUGCAGUGUGCAUUGAAUUCCAAGAUUUUGUCAUUGAUGGAAGCAAACUACCUAACAUUUGAAAGAGGACAGAGUGCUUCUGAGUCACCACUUAGGUCUCCUCAGCACUCAACAGAAACUUUCAGCAGAGGAUCAUCUGUCUCAAGCCUGUCAUCAGCAUCAACUGAUAUUAGGCAAGAAGAAGCAAAAAACAAUUAUAAAGAGGUGGAAAAACUCCUGAGAGCAGUUGCUGAUGGAGAUCUGGAAAUGGUCCGUUAUCUCUUGGAGUGGGUGGAAGAAGACUUGGAAGAUGAGGAUGACACAGCCAGUACAUCAAAACCAGAAUUCUGCCAUCCAUUAUGCCAGUGCUCAAAAUGUGGGCCAGCACAAAAGAAGUUUUCCAAGAUCUGUGCCAACGGGCUGGGGGUGAAUGUUUCCAACCAGGAUGGUUUCACCCCCCUGCACAUGGCUGCUCUGCACGGGCACAGCGAGCUGGCGUCGCUGCUGCUGCGCCACGGUGCCAGUGCCAGCGCCAGGAACACGCAGCUGGCAUCUCCCCUGCACCUGGCCUGCCAGAGGGGACACUCCCAGGUGGUAAAGUGUCUGAUGGAUUACAAUGCAAAACAAAAUAAAAAGGAUAUAUAUGGAAAUACUCCCUUAAUUUAUGCAUGCUUGAAUGGUCACUAUGAGACUACUGCCCUGUUGCUGCAGCACGGAGCCUCGGUGAACCUCUCCGGCAGCAGGGGCAGCACGGCUCUGCACGAGGCCGCGGCGGGCGGCAGCGAGGCGCUGGUGGCGUUGCUGCUGCGGCACGGGGCCCUGCGGCACCUGCGCGACGAGCGCGGCUGCACCGCUGCCGACUGCGCCCAGCCCAAUUCAAACAUCAUGAAGUUGCUAGAAGCAGCACCAAGCUGUCCCCCAACAUCAGCAGAGGGAGAGAAGGAGACUGAGCAGCACGUUACUGGCAAGAUAAGGAAAAAAGUGCAUCCUAAGCCCUGUGAGGAAGCCGAUGAUCCCAUAAGCAGACAGCUCCAACUGCUCCAAUCAAUUAACAGAUUUAACAAAGAAAAACACUUACGGAGAACAAUAACAAGAGAUAAAAGUGUCCCUAAUUUUGACUAUCACUUACUGCACCAGAUGGCUAUUAAAAGCUUUGAUAAAAGCAAAUUAAAAUCUGUUGGAAUGCUGGAGCAGAUCACAGGUCAGGUGACGGACUCGGGGUGCAGCGGUGAGUUUGUGGAGGAUGACGAUGACACGGCAGCUCCUCCCCGGAGUAAAUUACUGCAGCGCAGACACACGGUCACUGUGCCACUGCCGGCAGAGGGCAGCGACAGCGACAGCGGCUCCUCCCGCAGCCCGGCGGUGCCGCAGUCCCCGCACUGGCAGGGCUCGGGUUCACAGCCCUGAAGGGAGGCACGGAGCUGAAGCCCGGAGCUGAGGAAGUUGUGCUGUGAAUUUCGGUGGCCCUUCACUGUGUGUUACUGUCGGUGACAUUCACAGCCCCAGCUCAGAGCAGGCACAGGCUCUGCAGCACAGCUGGAAUGUUCUGGCACCUGGGGCCUGGCUCCUCUGUUCGUGUUGGAGGUGACCACACAGCCAGAUCAUUGCUGAUCUCACUAACAGGGAUGGAACGGGGUAAAGACAGCAAAAUUACUUUCCUAUUAUUAUUAAAAAGUUCUAUGUAACAGUAAACCAAAUGAAACACUGUAUUGUAUUUUUCAGCCACCCACUUUGUUUUAAAAGUCUUUGAAUAAUUUUUGCAUUUUCAGUUUUUAUCACUACAUUCAGAAUUAAAUAUAAAUAUAAAUAUAUUUAUAUAUAUAAAAAGAUAUAUUGGAUAACAAGGUAUUUAUUGCCAGAGGUAAUUGAAAGUCUCUAUUUUUAUUGUAAUGUUACAACCAUUAUAGUGUAUAUUUCUGUAUAUUUCAGUAGCUGGGCAAACAACAGUCCAUAACAUCUGCAUUACUAAUGUGAAGGGAUGUAAUCCUUGCUAAUAUCUCAGCAAUGCUCCCCUGUACUGGAGCUGCAAGAUCAAGUUCUUACAGAGGAGCCAAGAUACUGGGGAAAAGUGGAGAGCCCUUGACACAGCUCAACUUUGGGCCUGCUGUUCACAGCAUAAUAAACAAGCAGAAGCAAGCACAAGGUGCUGCUUGUGUUUUACUGUAGCAUGCAUUUAAGUUGCUUUUCCCCUCCUCUAAAGGAAGUAAUGCAAAAAUGCACAAUUACUCAUGAUUCUGAUCCUGGGCAACAUCCACAGACAAAACUGCUCCAGAGCCUGCUCUGGGCUGCUGUUAGAGAUGAAAUUGCCAUUGUGAAAGGUACUGCUCCCCCCAGUGAGCACUGGCUGCAAUAGGCAAAUCCUGCCCCAUUCCCAGGGGGAUCACUGAGGAACUGAAAGCUGAGGGAACCACCAAGGGGCUGCUUUUAGAUCUAACGUUCAUUUUCUACUGUUCAGUUAUGGGAGGCCAAUCUGUAAAUAGCACAAGCCAGGUUUUGCAGUGCAGGAUUUUUUUAUUCUUGGCUCAUCACAUCCAGCUUGCAUUUUAUUUCAUGAACUAUUAUGUGUACAUAAUUCUCUUUCUUUUAACUGUGGUAUUAGUAAAUUACCUGGCAAAAUACAAAGCUGGAAGAUAGAGUGCUGGGUUUUUCAGAUAACUUUUUAAUCUAAGACGUAAAAUGUCAAAUGACAUUUGGAUUUGAGGGUAAUGUGUUUAUUUUUCUAAUAAUUUAUGAGUUCAUCUGAUUUUCUGAUGUGCCUUGGAUUUGUGCCAAAUGAUGGAAAGAAAAACUAGUAAAAGAACUCUUGAAAA